AUGGCGGCCAUCCAAGCACACUCUUUACCUAGCGAUUUCGGCGCUUCACGAAGCGACAACAAAUCCCAAUUGACCACCUGCACACCAUACUCAUCACCAGUGAAGCAACGAGGGUCAUCCUGCUACCUUCCUCAGAGAGGUACCCAGGUACUAGAAGAGUCUAACACAGACCCUUUCUACCUGGAGCAGACUCUGAGGGACUCGUGGAAACCAGGCCAACGCGAUGUCCACCGCUGUGAAACAACAGACGAUCAGUAUUUCACUUUAUCAUCAAUAAACAAACGCAAAGAAUACCCUUACCCUAGCCCGGUCUGUCGUGAACCCGCGGGACCCCGGUCGAAUAUCUACGAUAACAGCAAAGGAAGCCGAAACACAUUAUCAGUGGUCGAGCUUGAACAUCGGAUAGGCCUUCAGCAGAUUGCAGCGCAACGCGGCUUGGAAAGACAGCACGUUCACUGCAAACAAAGCUCCUUCAGCUCCGGCACCAGCGAGGCGACUCCUGACCUUACCCCAAGCAGCUCCUUCUCAUCCAACUACUCUCUGGUAAGAGACCAACAUCUCUCUCAUCUAUACCUGACGCCGUGCACGCCUCCGCCAAUUCGACCUCCUCCACCAACAACCCUACCUUUCCUACCCUCUACCCCCAGACCACACCAAACCCCAACCCGCAACAUCAAGGACACCACCCGUCCCGUAAACGACUCCACUGAAACCCUCACCAUGCAAAACGAAGACCCCCAAGUGCGGCACAACCGCCUCGGGAAACCCCUUCCCACACUCCCCAACAUCGCCCGCAACGGACAAAAGGCCAAAACCGCCCAAAACGGCACCCAACGAUCCCAAAUCGAACCCUCCAUGAUCUCUCCUCCCAGCCUCAUCAACCCGGUUACGAUGGAGCCACACGCAACGCACUUCGACCAAGCCUUUUUCAUCCCUGCCAACGACUGCCCCAGUCCCGUUCCCAGCCCCGGACGCCAUUCUACAUCGUCACGCCUCGCGCGGGAAGUCACCAAUACUUCUCCCAGCCGUGAGAAAGAGAGGCCAUGGAAGGCAAGAUCCGAAGCGUACUGCGAACAGUCAGUCUGGGAAUCAGACUCAGAUUCUGAGUCAAUCGGACCAAAGUCCCUGUCCAAGAAACCAAUCGACACCCUCCGCAAAGUACGCAGUCGCGUACACCUGCGUGUGGCCAGAUCUGCUCCCCGGCUCAACAGUGCACCCCCACUACCACCACCAGUCCCUUCUCCCCCAACCGACGGCGCACCGCUGGAGAAGUUCCCCUCGAUGCCAGACCACCCCGUUCAACAACCACCCCCCCUCCCACCAGGGUCAUCCGGAACAACCAAAAGGCCCACCCUCCAACCCCGUUCCAGCAAAGACAUCUGCCGCCCCCACGCGCAAACCCUCCGCCUCGUCGCCCCCUCAACGACCUCCCUCGUCCGCCCCGACUCCCGCAAAGACAAAGAAAAAGAAAGCCUCCCCGCAACACCCACAACCGCAACCACAAAGACAUCAGAACACGACAUGGACUCCGCAGCAGCCGCGGCUUUCCAAGCGCAGUCUCGUCGUCGUCAACGGUCCAGGUCGCCUACGUCCCCUGCGGCAACGGGUUACGUGGAUAAAGAGAAAUUGCGCACUUUGUGUCGCGAGGAGAGGACGGAGCAUACGUUGCAUAGUAGUCUGACGUUGGGGAGGAGGCCGUUGUAUAGGCGGUUUUGGGAGAGUUUGAGGAUUUUGAGUUGUCAUAGUGAUAUGGCGCCGAAGCCGACGAGGAAGUCGUUUUAA